AUGUCACACACUGCUGUACAAGGAAGUAGGGGCAGUCGCUAUGCCACAGGAAAGAGCUCCCAAAGAAUGUAUCUAUUUGAGUAUGAGAAUUUUCAAGGGCGCAUGAUGGAGCUGAGUGGAGAGUGUCGUAACAUCUGUGACAAGGGGCUAAACCGCGUGGGCUCCAUCAGAGUAGAGUGUGGGCCAUGGGUAGGGUUUGAGCAACAGAAUAUGACCGGUGAGAUGUUCAUGCUUGAGAGGGGCGACUACCCCCGCUGGGACACUUGGUCCAACAGCUACCGUAGUGAUCGUCUCAUGUCUGUCCGGCCCGUUAGAAUGGACCCACAGGACCAUACAAUCUGUCUGUUUGAGUGUAUGAACUUCGACGGUCGUAAGAUCGAGGUUUCUGAAGAAGACAUCCCAAGUUUUUGGUGCUACGGCUUCCAGGACAGAGUCGCCAGCAUUCAAGUAAAAGGUGGAACGUGGGUUGGUUAUCAGUACCCAGGCUACCGUGGAUAUCAGUACCUGUUUGAAUUUGGAUCCUACAAACACUGGAACGAAUGGGGCGCCCAUUACCCCCAGAUCCAGUCUGUGCGAAGAGUGAGGGACAUGCACACGCAUCCCAGAGGCUGCUUCAAGAUGGCAUGAGCAUGGACAGGAGGACAAAACUCUGCAGAGAAACCCUGUGGAAUGUUAAAAACAAGACAAAAAAUAAGAGCUGCUCUAUAUAGGAAUGAACUAUGUGUUCAUGUGUGUCAUGACUUGACUUUUAAUACAGCAUUUUACGUCCAACCACUUAGUUAAAAAUAAGUACAGCAAAUGAAUAAAACUAUUUUAUGUCCCAAAUUUAAUGCCUGUUGAAGAAUUCAUCAGUUGUUUUUAUAGUUGUGCAUUAUUGCAUGUUUUCCGCUCUGCACAAACCUCCUAGCAUUUUGUUUCAUUAGUUUAUAAGAAUAGCUACCAUUCACAAAUGACCUAAAGCUAAUCAGAAUCAAUUUCUAAUUUAGCUGCUAAACCCUGCUGGGAACAUUCAUUGAACCAGAAGGAGGUGCAAUUCAGCACCUCAGCGUACUCAACCUUCUCCCGCUUCAUCACAAGACAUCUUCUAAAAUCUAAAAGCUCAACCGGUAACAUGAUGAUCAGGGUUCUCAACAUGACAGGCCGGAAGGAAAGAGGAGAAUGGCUUUUUCUUGUUCCUGGUACAGAUUUCAGAUGUUCUUUAUUUACCAAAUAGAGGAGAUCCUGCAAGACUUUACCUUUCUCAGGGAUGCUGGCAUCUAAAAACGCAUUUACUUGAAAAUAAACAACAAUAAAAGAUUUUAAAGCACAAUUAUUGUACAAUGUCCUUAAUUCAUUGCUCUGCUCUCUUAUAAACAGUGCUUAGACGUGAGAACACAUUAGUUUAAUUAUUUAUAUACUCCAACAUGCAUAAUAAAUGAGGUAACAAGA